CCUGACCAAAUCCACAAUUAUCAACAUGAACUCCAUGAUCGCAGUCGUCUUCGUCGUCCUCGCUGUUGCCGCAGUCAACGCAGGAGUCCUCGCUCCCGCUCCCUUGGUAGCUUCCCCAUGGUCCGCCUCCGUAGUAUCAUCACCUCUUGUUGCUGCCCGUUCAGUAGUAGCCACCCCUCUAUCAGCAGGAAUCGUCGCUCCAGGACUUGCAUCUCCCUGGGCUCUCUCCCGUUCUGUCGUGGGACCUGCUGUCCUCCCAGCAGCCGCCACAGUUUGGUAACCACUGAAAUUGGACUGUCGAUCAUAACAAUCUAGAAAAAAUUAAUGUCUACAUUAUUUAUUGUUACAGCAUGUUCCUUUUUGUUUUUAAACCGAAAUUUAGUCUGUAGAAGCAAUAUAGGAAAACAAAUAAAAUACAAAAAU